CCGGAUGUGAAAACACGAGCAGGAACUCAGCUCGCCUUCAACCACCACACACACAAACACGUGAAAGAAGGAAAAUAACAGGUAGCUGGCGCAGCAUGGACAUUACAGAAGUUCCAGUGAGCCAGGACAACAAAGGUAAAAGAAAGAAGAACAAGAAGCCAAAGAACAAGAGAGCGAGAGAGGAGGAGCAUGGAGAAGCGGAGCCGAAAGAGGAGAAAAUGGAGCAGAGUGAGGGAGCAGCGGGUAUCUCUUUCCCCCCCACCUUCAGUGUCUCCGAAAUCAAGAACAAACAGCGAAGACACAUGAUGUUCAUGAAAUUCAAGCAGGAGAAAAGAAAGCAAAAGAUGCAGCUGAAGAAGAAGAAGAAAAAAGAAAGGGAAGCAUUAGGUGACAAGGCUCCACCUAAAGAAGUCCCAAAGACAAUAGAAAACCAGAGGGUGUAUGACGAGACGACAGUUGACCCAGAGGAUGAAGAGGUCGCAUUUGAUGAGGGAACAGAUGAAUUUUCUGCCUACUUCAAUGGCAUCACUAACCCCAAAGUGCUCAUUACAACAUCAGACAGACCCAGAGGGAGGACAGUGAGGUUUUGCAGGCAGCUGGCGACAGUGAUACCAGAUGCCCACGUGUACUACAGAAGAGGGUUGGCCCUGAAAAAGGUCAUUCCUCAGUGCAUCGCCAGGAACUUCACCUACCUAAUGGUCAUCAAUGAGGAUCGCAAAGUGCCCAAUGGUUUGGUUCUGUGUCACCUACCUGAUGGACCGACUGCACACUUCAAAGUCAGCAGUGUUAGACUACAAAAAGAACUUAAGAGACGAGGUAAAGAUCCCACAGAGCACUUUCCAGAGGUGAUCCUCAACAACUUCACAACACGCCUGGGCCACAGCAUCGGUCGACUGUUCGCUGCUCUUUUUCCUCAAAAUCCGCAAUUUGUGGGUCGACAGGUCGCCACCUUCCACAACCAGAGAGACUUUGUCUUUUUCAGAUUCCACAGGUAUAUCUUCAAGAAUGAGAAAAAAGUUGGCAUUCAGGAGCUGGGACCGCGCUUCACCCUCAAACUGCGCUCUCUACAGAAAGGCACCUUCGACUCAAAGUUUGGAGAAUACGAGUGGGUCCUAAAGCGUCACGAGAUGGAUGCCUGCAGACGGAAGUUCCAGCUAUAGGGAUGUUACAGCGAUACUUCAUGGGCAGACAGGGAAGGUUUAUUGAGACACUUUUUGUGGACGUGCACAAAAGAACUUGAGUGUGGAUGUCCAAGAUUCAUUGAAGAGAUCAGUUGACACUUGCUCUUUUAACACAUUCAGAGUUUCGACACUGAUAACUGGAUUAGAAUUCUAUUCUUCUUCAAAAACUGUUUUUGAAAGGAUGUUUAUGCAAAACCUUUAGAAGACGAAGUGUGGGACAUGAACCUGUUGCUCAUGGUAAAAGCGUUUAAACAUGCAGGCACUCCACAAAAACACUUAAAUUGUCAGGUUUAUGUGGAAGUUAAAUUGGCAUACAAACUGUAUGAAUAUGGCCUUGAUUAUGUCAGAACAUAAUGUCCAGUAGUGGGACUUUCAAUGUAAAUAUACUGUAGCUAACACAUCAAAGACAUUUCUCAAUGGUUUUAUGCUCAUUUUAAUAAACGUUUAAAAUGUGGAAAUACCAUUUUUAUCAAUGUACAAUUCACAGGCACAGUGUGUGUUGAUAUCGGUUAGUUACUAUAAAGCAGACGGGUUAAGAUAUCUAUUGUGCCCCCUGAACACCUUGAAAUGUUUCUGUAUCAGAUUUUACAAAGACGAAGUAAAAAAAAAAGAAGAAAAUUCUUAAGUUAGUUGUUUGUCCCGAAAAACACUCCUGAGACAAUUCCAGUCCAUGACGCUGGAUCCUGUAGCUCGUCUCCACAAGGCACCACAGUGUCCGAAACCUGAAGACAUGUGAUUGCAUUAGAAAUGCAAACUACAAAACAUAAGCACAUUACACUUGGAAUGUAUGUCCUUUGCGCCAUUUGAGACCAUUAAACCAGCUUCAGACAUUAUAUAUUUAAAAACUGGGUAAAGCUUUUCAGAUAUACCUCUGAAUUCUCAUCAGGAUUUUCAUUUAAUAUACAUUUUAUGACUUCAAAAUUGUGUGACGGGCAUAGAGAAGAACAGGGAUGAAGCAUUCCCUAGUUGGCCCUAAACUGUGGAAAUCUUACUUACCAUUACUAUUAUCUCAGUGUAUCAACUAAAAGCCAACAUUCUAGGCUUCAUGGGGUUAAUGGUACUGCAGGAUUGUUACACUACACUGCUUUAGUUUCAGUUCAGUUUGCUUAAUAAAUGGUUAAGUCAA